UUUUGUUUUUGUUUGGAAAAUGGACGUGCCAAUCCCUUCCUCAGCGGGCACGAGCACUGCACCUUCUACUGGCACUAAUAUCAACCCAUCAUCAAGUAGUAGUAGCAGUAGCAGUAGUGGCAGUACUGGUGAUGGUCCAUACGGCUCCAGCUCGAGCUACAGCGUCGAGUUGCCGGUCGACGUGCUCUGCGCCGUCUUUGUGCACUUGGACGAGCCGCGCGACCUGCUCAGCUGCGAACGCGUCUGCAAGCAGUGGAUGAUUGCAUCGCGCAUCUGCCUCAACCUGCACUGGCGGCUGCUCUUCCAGCGCACGUUCGGUCGCUGCCGCAUUGGCGGGUCGCUCGUCGAGGCGCAGCUCCCAACAACGCUGCCAAUCCACCACCCGACCAGUCCCUAUAGUCAUAAUAAUACUCACGCGGAUGCAAGUAAUGCUGCUGCUGCUGCUGCUACACAGGCACAGGCACAGACACAGGCGGUGGUCGGGGAGCAGGACGACCAGCGGUGGAACAGAGCCGCGCGCGCUGUCGAGAUGAGCACUGCUGCAGCCAGGCGAGCGUUGCGCCAAGCAUCCACCCAACAAGCUGCUGCUGCUGCUGCUGCUGCUGCUGCUGCUGCUGCUGCUGCGUCUGCUUCUGAAAUCAGAGCCGAGGCUGGGAUGGCGAGUGCCGGCGAGGGAGCAAAGGCGUCUCCAAAUCAUCUCAGAACGCCGCUGCCAAAUCAAGACUUGACAGGUCGUCGCUCAGUGUCUCCGAGACCAAUUUCACCCGAUCCACAUCUCCGCAUCAGUAGCGCUAGUGCUGCUCAAGCGUUAGAAACCUCGCCAACCCAGGCGGCUGCCAUCGACCCGCGAGUGAGCUGGCGCGCGCUCGACGACCUCACCCGCUGGUGGCUACUCACACCGCUCGACCGCGUUCGCUUCCCGCUGUCCUGUGGAUUACCAGACACCGAUUUGAUGGAGAGCGGCCAUCCGGAGAGCCAGCCUGGUGGUAGUAGUUUGUCCACCCGUUCGACAACCAGACCCACGUCGAGUGUACUCGGUCGGGGUUUGCAUCUCAUGCUGCCACGCAUUCGGCUGACGACAGAGACAGCCAGUGUGCGCGGUGCAUCCAUGCCGUUAUGGAGCGAGCUGGUCGUCCGUGAAAUGGCCGCCUUUUGCUCGGAGCUUGCUCCCGUUUACCACGUCUUGUUUGACUUUUUGUCUCAAGAGCAACAGCAACAACAGCAGCAACAGCAGCAACAGCAGCAACAGCAGCAACAGCAACAACAGCAGCAGUCUACUCUUUCGGCAUCGACGGUACCGCCUUCCCCAGCCUGGUCGCACCAUCAGCCAGCAUCCAACUCUAGCCGAAUGCCCUGGCGAUUGUGCCUGCUUGGCAAGCCUGCCACAGCCCAAGAAAGCGCCCUGCGUAGCAGCUUUCGGCUUGAGCGCACUCGCGUGCGUGCUCUGAGCGCUCAGCAGUGCGGUCUGCUCCGAGAGCACUGGGCCGUCCCCAUGCACGACCUGCCGUUGCAUGGAAGUGAAGAAUACCUUGACGACUGGGACGGCACGGAAGGCAGUUUCCGAAGCGCCCACAGCGAGGAUUCUAUCGACUCUAUCAACAGCGCUUCGUCCGAAUCUUCAUCGUUCCAUCCACCAAAACCAGUCGUGCAGCCUCUGUCCCAUAACGAUCUCUCGUCGCUCACUGAGCCGUUUGGUGCCUCUUCCCCAGCAAGCCCAGCAAGCCGUGGUGACAACCAGGGGCACCCUCACCCGCAUCGAUCGGGAAACUACCUCGGACAAAUGCGCAGCCUCUCAUCGUCCCAGGCGAGCCUCUUGGCCAGCCAGGACGUUGCUGUUGCGUCCAAAACGCACGGACGUGUGCCAUGGCGCAGCCUCUUUGAAGACCGCUGGAUUGCCGAUCAGUGGGCUGACGCGAUCGACUUUGAUGUGCGGAAGCUCGGCGAGUCUGGUUGGUGCGGUCCUCCCGACGAAAGCGAGCUCCCUCUGCACACGUUGAUUGUUUCUGCUGCGUUCGGAACGCGCACUCCCAGUGCCGAAGAAGUGAAACGUCUAUUCGAGUCCGUUCUCAGCCCGCUGCCUGAAGAAGCGGCGGAUUUGGUCAGUGUUGAAGUACUGCCCGACUGGCGACCGCGCACCCUGCUCUCCGAAGUUGUUCGCCUCUGGCAGAGCGCAUGCACUGAAGCUGGCCUGAGCAAUCCAAUGGUUGCCGGCGCGCACGAGGACGCCAUCGCUGCGGCGGAAGGGGAUUCGCAUCACCAUCCGUCCAACACUCCUCACUUCCAUCAUCACAGCAGCCACAACCAAGAAUCGCUCGACAUGCUGAGCAAGGUCGCAUCCUCCCCGGCAUUGCUGAGCCUGAGCGCGGCCGAUGCGUCGACUGAUCCAGCAGCACCUUCAGCCGCGCAUCCGACCUCCAUCUCGUCCAGCAGUAGUCGGCGAGCCAGCAAAGGCAAGGAUUCUGCAAAGCACAUUCUAGCAGCACUUCAGGACGAGCGGGAAGCUGCGCUGUUUGCUGCCAAACAACAAGACGCACGAAAACUGGACUUGCUCGAAACUUUACUCGCAUCAUCAUCAACGACCGCCUCUAUUGCUACUGGUUCGUCCGGCAAUCACAGCGGUACCUCGACUCCGGUCAGUUCCAGAGGCGCAACCAACCGCAAGAGCAUCACCGCAGUUCGGCAGUGGAUUCAACAGGAGCUGCAGGCUGUGGCAGCGGGUCUCGAGAGCGCACGCCCCCACCUUUCUCAAUUGUACAACGUGUGCAUUCGAGCACGCUCGUGCGUGCACUUUGACGCUCGCGAGCAUUGCCGGAUUCGGUCGGAGCCGUCCAAGCCAAAGCCCGUGAUUCCAGUGCUGCCUGCCUUUGACGUGCCGCAAGUCAAGGUGUCCUGCUGCCUCAGCUUUUUCUGCUCUGUCACGCGUCACCGCACGCUUGUUGGCUUUGGCUUUUUGAAUGUGGCCCGGCUGACCGAGCGACCGACCGUUCCACUGUACCGAUGAUAUCUAAGAAUGUGUUUUCCGCCAUUAAAUUCAGAAUCCAUCCAAUA